GUACUGGUGCACCGCGCAAGAAGGCCUAUACAAAUGACGCUCGUACAAUCUCGGUAGAUUUAAUGUGCGCAUAGAUAUACAUGUCUGCAUAAAGAUAAAACGCGAUUGGACAGGGCCGGCCGGUCUAAACGAGACAGCAGGGAAGAUUUCUAGUCUUCGCUCGUCCGCGUCGAUCGUAACGUCAUGCCGCGUUACCAUUAAAAUUGCAAUCUCGUACGCUUGCACCGAUCCAAGUCAGUGGUUAACCUUCGCCACUGCUGUUUCGUUCUUCGUUUCUUCGAUCAGACGUAUACACGUUUAAUUCUUUGCCUUUAUUUAGGCCGAAUAAAACGUGACAAAGAUGCUGCACAUUGUUGAAAGCGUACUUAGCCUACCAAAAUUGUACUAUGGAGCUCUCUUGGGAAUUGGAUUUUGCGCUUAUUAUCUCUGCGAGGUCGUCCAGGUACAGCGCUUCGGUCGUUAACGAAGGCCAACCAGCUCGGUCGGGCUGACUGACUCAGUAAUUGCUACUGAAAGUGCACCUUUGCUGGUGUGCGCGGAAGGCCCAUUCCGCAAAUUCUUAAUGGAUAAUGUUGAUAUUGUUAAAAACAAAUAUUGGCCAACUCUGUGGUGUUUCGAAUCGCGUGCCCAAACUGUUUUAGCGAGCCUGCUGCGUUCUCGAAUUUUGCCGCAUGUACAAUAUAGAAGAGAGAUAUUGAGUCUGAAAGAUGGAGGCGAAGUGGCCUUGGAUUGGGCGGAUCAACACUCGUCGCAAACGUCACCAAUCGUCAUCAUAUUACCAGGAUUGACGGGAGCUAGUGGAGCAGAAUACAUAAAAUGUCUAGUCUGCGCAGCUAAAAAGAUCGGUUUGAGAUGCGUCAUUUUCAACAAUCGAGGUCUCGGGGGUGUCAGUCUUAAGACGCCGAGAACUUAUUGCGCAUCGAACUGCGAGGAUUUGUCCGAAGUCGUGGAGCACGUGAGGAAACUUCAUCCCAACGUGCCUCUCGGGGCAACCGGUAUCUCCAUGGGAGGAUUAAUAUUAGGCAAUUAUCUGGCUCAGCAAGGCAAAGCGGCUGUGAAUAAACUCAAAGCGAGUCUCAUCAUUUCCGUACCUUGGAACGUUUUCGAGGCUACGAAGAGUAUCGAAAAGCCUUAUUUGAAUUUAAUGCUGAACAAACACUUGGCUGGAAAUUUGUGCAGAAACAUCGAAACUUAUCAUUAUUCUACGGAAAGCGGACUUUUUGACAUCGAUAUACGGAACGUUCUUAAGAGCAGAACAGUCAGGGAAUUCGACGCUAAUUUUACGGCUAAACAAUUCGGAUACAAAGACGUCGAGGAUUAUUAUUCGAGUGCUACGCUCCACGACAAACUUCAUCUCAUCCAAGUGCCACUUCUGUGCCUAAACGCUGCCGACGAUCCAUUCCAACCGCUCGAUGCGAUACCUCUGAAAGAAAUAAGCGAGUCGAAGGUAGUGGCUGCGGUCGUAACCUGCCGAGGAGGCCACAUAGGCUUUCUGGAAGGAUUUUGGCCAGCGAGAGAAGAGCAAUACAUGGGCAAAUUUUUCGCUCAAUAUUUCGGGGGCGUAUUUAUCAAAAAUUUCGAUCCAGUAACGUAUAAAACGUGAUAGAAAUUUAGGGGGAAAGGUUCACUUAGAAUUCUGUCCAAAUGAAAACGAAAAAACGAAAACGAAAGAAGGAAAGAAUUUUUGAACGACACACGAAAAUAUUGUGGUGAUGAUAGUAACAAGAGCACCAUUCAAGCGUGCCUUUUAUCAUGUCUCCAAACGUUGCUCCAAAUUUUUCGCUUCACAAUGACGCUCGAGAGAGAAUCCCGCACAGUUCGAUCGAACUAAAGAGAAAAGAAAAAAUAUUGCAGUAAUGUAGCGCUGUGCGGAUCGAUUCGACGCAUUUUAAAAUUAAUACCACGGGGAGAAAAUUCCAGUAAAAAUUGCUAUGCUGCCAUGGGAGUGGGGUUCUGUAUCGUAAUAUUUAUUAAUUCUUACGAACAUACACAGUCAUUUUUUGUGAAGCGAGAACUCGAUGAAAAUUCAUGUGCGAUGCCAAAAAAAAUUAUCGUACAAACGCGAAUGAAAUUCUGCUUUGAAUCAUAGUGUAAAUUUCUAAACGCUUUGGAGAAUCAUCGAUGCUCGUGUUCGAGCUCCUCAAAUUUGACUAUGCUCGACGGUGAAAAAAGUUUUCGAUUGUUAAAACAGUACGAACCGUAGCAAAACCGCCUUAAUAAUUGUACUUUGCAACAGUUCGUCAUCUAGUCGACAUAAAUUUUACGACGUUUCCUCGGUGAAUUGCGUAGGAAAAAACAAUAGCACAGUUCAAACCUUCAAAUUACAAUGUUUUUGGUAGAAACCUCCAAAAUGGGCGAUAUAGAACCCCGACGCUGCGGUGUCGUGGUAAUUUUCACAAUUUUUUUCUCUCCGGUUAAAUAUUCAAGCGCGAAAGAAGUUCACGCUGCCAUGUGCAAAUUUUCAAACAUUUCGGCGGUUCGGCGGAACUCGUGUUCGAGCUCUUGGAAUUUUGCUAUGUUCAACUGUGAAAUAAGCAAUUCAGAAAUUUGAAUUUGCAAACGACACGAAAAUUACAACGUUUUUAGUACAAAUUUUAGUAAAAAAAACUCUUGCGACUUUUUUCUUUCCGCGUACAAAACAAAUUCGAGAGUUCCAAGGGCUUCGAGACACAAAAAACAACAACUUGUCAAAGAAGCUUUUGUUCCGGCCGGCUUGAUUGAUUAAAGCACAGAAAAAAGUAUCCGCCGAACGGUCGGCGGCCGUGACGCAAUAAAACGCUGUGUCUGAAGGAGCGCGUUAAUAAAUUAGUCAAAUGCGCAACACGUAGGUAUUAAAAUCAUUUGAAAAAUGCUUGCCAUACGAUGUACGAGUUUGUAAAUACUUGCCAGUAUCAAACGCACUUUUCAAAUAGCUCUAAUCAUCCGGGCUCCAAUAUUGCAUAAUUCAUCGUUGAAAAAUUGCCGUGAAGUUCAUACAAACGAAGAAGCAAAAGAAAAUACUAACGUUAGAGAUGAAAGGAUGUUUCCUUAAGACGAAUUGAACAUCAAAAAGUGCGCGUAUUUCGUCUCGUUGAACAUUCAUCAGUAUUUAUUAAUUUUUUAAAAAUAUUGAAAAAAAUGAUUUUCAAUGAAACUGACGGUUUUUAGUUGGCUUAUUUUUCACCGAGCGUUAUACGUAACGUGCGAGUAACGAAUACAAAUGUUACGCUUCUUCCCAGCACGUCCGAGCGUUUCACGGUAAUUUGUGCGUCAAUGAUUCGGUGUAAAUAUGAAAAAAAAAAAAAAAAAAAAAAUGUUUCAAUAGAGGCUAUUUUCGCGCGUUAAACCGUCAAGUUCGUUGAUCGGUUAAAGGAAAGUUAUACGAUCUUGAACGUAAAAAUGUAAGGCGUUGUUAUAUAUAAACGCCUGGAUGAAAAAUGCUAAUUUUUCGUGUGUGCGCGUGUAUGUGUUUUCUUUAGUUGUCCCCCAACGAAUCGGCGGACCCAACAAUUUGACGAUUCCAUUCCGGCGUUUCUCAUUCGUCAGUCGGUGUACACGCCCGUAACCUUGAACCGUAGAAAUUCAGGGCAAUAUUUCUUCUCUCGAUAUUUCGUUGUAGCGAACAUAAUGAGGGAGAAAAAAUCUUGGUCGGCUUUUUUUUGGUGACGCAGCGCUAAUUCGAGCGAGUAAUUCGAUCGUCGCAAGUGGCUCAUUUAUCUCGACAUACGUUUUCCCUUCGAGUUCGUCGCUUAUAAUUAUUCGACUGAUAUUUGAGUAAAAGCGUUUUUGCGUCGCUUUACCAUUGGCCCUAAAGAUCCCACCCGUAAAUCCUCUAGAACUCAACUACGAACUUUUCUCCUACUCGUAGAUAAUGAAAAAAAACGUUUUUAAAAAAAACAUCUUCGUCUCGAAUACAUGGCGCAGCCUCGUCUCUGUACGGGAAUCGUCACGAUACUUGGAUUUCUUUUUUCUUGCUCUUUCCUAUAACUACGACGCAUGGAUGAGAAGCAGCUUCAGACAUUAGAGAAGCGCUUGUCCGAGCACACGUGGACACUUCGUUUUUUCUAAGACCCCCGACUUCACGAGUUUAAACGUCGCAAUAAGUUUUUCUAAUCAUGCUCCCUUCGAAAACUCUGUUCUUUGCUUUCACUUUCUCCAUCAUUUACUUUACCCAAUCUGCCAACGUUCGUGACAUUACUGUGACUCGAGAGGAUGCAUCGUGUCCGACGCUUGUACGUAUUUUACAUUCAAAACAUCAACUUAGACUGUAGCGAUCGAUGUGCCGUCGAUGGAAAAAAAGCUGCUUCGAUUUAUUCGAUCGAACUUUAGAAACUUUUUUCAAUUGCCAAAUAAUCAUUUUUUUUUCAAAGCAUUUUUCAAACAUUUUCAAUAUUUCACUUUUGGUGUAUAAUCCACGUUAUGUUACUCGAAUAGAUUUUUUAUUGAGGCGAUACAGAAUCAGAAUAGUUAUUAAAAUCACUGAAAAAUAUUAAGCAAAAUUAUUGUCAUAAUACGAAACAAUAUCCUGCAAAAACCACCCAUUUUUCGAAGUACGAUCGGAAUAUUUACUUUGAAAAUAAAACGAGAAUGAUAAUGUGUUAUUUUAGUAAUUAAAGGGGAACUCUAGCGUGAAUAAAGCGAGAAGAGAAUAUGAAGAAAAUUAGAAAUGGAAAAAUUUGUUUGUAAAAAAUCAAUGAUGAGCAAAUGAAUAUAAUUAUAUAAUAUAUUAACAUACAACAAAAAAAAUCACCAUUACUAAAUUUUAUAAUAAUAUAAUAUAGUGAAUAGUGAUACGCAUAAACAAAAUCAAGAGAUAUUAUUAAUAAUAAAAAUAAUAAUCAUGAGAUAAUACACGAACUUUGAUAGUAAUCCCGUUGAAUUUACCGUUCAAAUCUAACAUAUAUGAUAUGUCUACAACGAACGCUAUUCAUAAUAAACUAUAGAAAUAAGAAUUUCA